CACGCGCUCGUCGCUAGCGUUGGGCAUUUUUCCUUGGCGGCCAGGUUCCUGCAGAGUGAUAUGACUGCGGUAUAGAUAGGUAUUCUUAUCAGCAAUUGUUGGAGCAGGACCGCGGGGCCAGCGCUUGCCCGGGUGAGCGACGGCCCGCAUGGGGACCGGCCCCAGGCGCCCUCUAUGGCCGCCUUGGCGUGCACAAGACGUCUUCUUUCCGUUCCCUCCACGACCCAAACAACUUACAUGCGCGCUCUGUAAACACAGUUUUGUGACUCUUGCCACAUAGACUUGUCCGAGGUCCACGAUUAGGUUGCGUAGCGCCCGGGGCCCGGAGCAGCUCCAGCCGCAGCGACCCGCUUGUCAGCAGCCCGGCUAUGCAGACGAGGCUGUUCGGCAAUACAAAAUACUUCACCAGGGCACAGCUCGAAGCUCACAAUCCCAGCCGAAAGGAAGGCAUAGAUGGCGCGACAGAGGCGCGGUGGAGGACAACCACCUCCCGGCUUGUUAAGACCUCCAUCAAAACACUCAAGUUACCCGACUGGGUGUACGAGACGGCUAUGAACUACAUAAACCGCUUCUUCCUCACGCGGUCGAUCGCGAAGAACGACCGGCACUGCGUGGUCGGUGGCGCCAUUCUGCUGGCCUCGAAAGUCCAGGAGAGCCCGCGGCCUGUGCAGGACGUCGCGUACGUGCUCCUGCAGGCUAAGAAUGCCAACAAGCAGCAGAAGCAGAAGCAGGCUCCCGACCAGACCACGCUGGAGCAGUUCAAGGACGCGGUGGUGCUGGCCGAGCAGGCCAUGCUGUUUGCCGUGAACUUCAACCUAAAUGUGGAGACGCACGUCAGCCUCGCGCGCGGUCUGCUCCAGCCCCUGGACCUGCUCAUGGUGAAGAACCCGGCGCCCGAGCAGGCGGACAGCAACCAGCUAAAGAUUGGCCUGUACUCGGCAGUGAUGAUUUUCCUGAACGACAGCGCGAUGACGAACCUCUCGCUGCAGUACGCUAGCUCGCAGAUCGCCCCGGUAUCGUUGAUUCUGGCCGCGAAGCGUAUUUCUGCCACACCCCGGUUCGCUGGCAAGCCGCUGCCGGCGGAGCUGCAGAAGGUUCUGGCGCUUGCUAACGACCACGAGUGGCUGGCGCAGAAGGGGCUGACCGUGGAGCAGGUGGCAGACAUCGAGUCGCAAAUCAACGAGCUCUAUGCCACCGCUCCGGCGCCGGCGGGCGCGCAGCAGCAACAGCAGGCGCCGGCGGCUGCUGCCACCGAGAAGCAGCAGGCGCAGCCCCAGGCCAUGGCGGCCACUAGCCCUCCUGAGGAGGGCGAGGUGGCCGCUGUGGGCGGCAGCGGCCGGGCUGAGGCCUGCCCCUGCUCCCCCGAUGACAACGGCUGCGUGUCGGUGGCGGGGGGCUCGCAGUGCCGCCCGGGGCAACCUAGCUCCUCAGUAGCUGCCGGCCCCACUGGCGGCAUGGCAACCGCCGGCAACACCCCGGAGCAGCCGCAGCGCGAGUCGGUGCUCGCCUCCUGCCACAAGCGCAAGCGCGUCAGCGAGUGCGAGGACACGGACCAGCAGGCCACUUCGGAGCUGCACGCUGCGCCGGCGGAGCAGGAGCAGCUGCAGGCGCCGGCGGAUGAGGGCGAGGGCGUGGGCCAGGCCCCAUGCGGUGCCAGCGAGUGCGAGCGCCAGGCGCACGCCGCGGUGCGCGCCGCCGUGCUGGCGAUGGAGGACUCGGCCAACGAGAACGGCGGCAGCCCCAACGGCCUGACUGCCGGCAAUGCCUCGGGCAGCGGCUGCUGCGUCGCCGAGGGCCAGCCGGAGGUGUGCAGCCACCAGGAGGCUGCCGCGGCAGCAGCCGCGGUGUCGAGCCAGCGGGCGCAGAAGCGCGGUCGCGAGCCGGAGGAGGGCUGCUGCGUCGCCGACUGCGGUGAGGCCGACGCCGUCCAUGCCGGCAAGGUGGCGCGCCUGGAGGCGGACAUUGCUGCUUAGAUUAAAACGAAGAGUAGAGUAAUCAACCAAUUUAAAUAGGCAACGUUGUAGAGUCGGCGUAGGUGAGUCAUUCCAGGCAUUGGCAUCCUGCAAGCGCAAGCGUUUGUUGUGCGCCCGUUUGCAAGCUACGUGCUCUGAUGCGGACCGCCCCCCACUUGAGCAGUGUAUUUAGAGUGAGCAUGUACCAGCCCUCGGGCCGGCGCUGGGAGCUACCCAGUAGAUGUGCUGGCCGUUGGGUUGUGUUGGGGUGGCUGGCAUUUGCUUGAACGAUUCCACUUCAUGCUUGUGUCGUGGGUAUCAAUGGCGUGUGGACUUAAAGUGCCGCCAAAAAACACAAAAAAGAUAGCGCGCAUUUGAUCGUAUUACGGGCAAGCUCCUCGUGCCGUGCGCGCCCAUGGGACCGCACCGGUUGCGGCACUGCGCCGGGCGUCGUCUCUGUGGGGCAGCACUGAGGGGCUAGUGUAUUCUCUUCCUGGGACCGAAGUCUGGAUCCCUACCGAAGCAGUGAAAGCGGCGAGUGGUAGUGGCGAUGAGUCCGGAUGUGACGUUGUGGUGUGCGUUGGUGCCACCGACGAGACUCCCAGAGCGCGGCUGGCGAGAGAACAGCCUGGCCACGCGUUCAAUACCGUAUUCUUUUCGCGUUUCGGGACCUUGAGAGGUGAGCGUGUGCGUUGGGACAAAACACAAAACAAAAAAAUGCUGAGCGAAUUACACGGGCACGAGUUCUUACUGGUCUUUAAGUGAGAGUGUUGGCGGACGCGCGGGGUACAUCGAUUCGUAGUGUCACAAUGAUUUGCGAUCGGCGGUGCUGUGUAUGAGGUGGAACGGAUAGGGCGUGUGGGGGCUUCAACAAGUGCCUGGCCAGCGCCACGGUCCGAAGGGCCAUGUGUGCAGUCGGAGCUUGAUAGCGUGUGGCGUAUCCAUAACAAACCGGCUUUUCUGGGCUGCGUACGAAAGGUGGCUGGGAAAGUUGACAAUUUUACCACGCAGUAAUACAUGCAUGUGCGCGAGAUGCGGUGGCGGAGGAGGCUGGAGGUUGUGCACGCAGACGCCCGCCACACCGCAUGUAAUCGUGGCUGAUU